UGUUAGCCACGCCUCUGCGUGAAGAAUGUCACAGUCAGAUUGAGACAAGUUGGAGGGGCUCCGUUUACACACCGCGAUCUUCAGCCGGAAUACAUGUGGAAAUGGCGUACCACAACCAGUACAGACCUCCUCACUAUAACAGCGCGCCGCCAGAUCAAGCUUUUCUGUGGAAUAUAUUCCAGAGGGUGGACAAAGACAGGAGUGGAUCAAUCUCAGAUACGGAGCUCCAGCAAGCUUUAUCAAACGGCACAUGGACUCCAUUCAAUCCCGUGACCGUCAGAUCAAUUAUAGCUAUGUUUGACAGAGAUAACAAAGGUGGUGUGAACUUCAAUGAGUUUGCCGGUGUGUGGAAGUAUAUCACAGACUGGCAGAAUAUCUUCCGCACUUACGACCGCGACAACUCAGGGUUCAUCGACAAGAAUGAGCUGAAACAGGCUCUCACUGGCUUCGGUUACCGUCUGUCAGAUCAGUUCUAUAACACACUGAUAGAGAAGUUUGACCGGCAGAGGAAAGGUCAGGUAGCUUUCGAUGACUUCAUCCAGUGUUGCAUCGUACUACAGAGGUUAACUGACGUCUUCAGGAGAUACGACACAGACCAGGACGGCUGGAUCCAGGUUUCCUACGAGCAGUAUCUCUCCAUGGUCUUUAACAUCGUAUAGCACAACACGACCACAGACACCAGUGCCAAACAACAAGUCUCUCUCUUUCUACUGGUCUUCCGCCAGUGACACCAUACACACCUCACACACCGAGUUUUAUGGGACUGGAGAUCUGGGCUUGAGUUAAUGUAUGUCUGUCUCUCUGUCCGUUUUCAUCUUUCUUUACAUCGUUAAACGAAAAAAAGGUAAUAAUGACUACGUUUUCAUAUUAAAGACCUUGGCAUUGUGUCACCAUCCUGCACUGUAAAUGUCAUAGUAACAUUCAAAUGCAUGCCUUCUGAUGAAUCUCCCCAUUGUCCGAGCAUGAACUGACCUCUUCUGAGUUUUCUGUUCAAGCCAUGUUUACAGCCUACAUUUUUAACCGUGCGUUUUGAACAUGCAGAAGAGUUUUAUUUCAGAGUCGCAGGAUUUUGUAUGGUCGUGUGCAUGAAGCUUUGCAACUGCAAAAACUGUUUUAUUAAAAAAAAAAAGAAACAUUAAAUAAUGUAUUUUAUUGGUUAUUUUUCUGUGG